AUGGCCACACCUAAUCAACGACGAACCAAGGGAGUUACGAUCGUACGUCCGAUAGUGUACGGCAACAUAGCUACUCCGUUACCACCGCGUAAGACUCAAGAGACAGAUCAUACGCACAAAUGGACUGUUUCUGUUCGCGGAGUCAAUGGAGAGGAUAUUAGCUAUUAUGUUAAGAAAGUGGUGUUUAAACUGCAUGAGACAUAUCAGAAUCCAAUGAGAACCAUAGAACAGCCGCCUUUUGAAAUCUCAGAGACAGGCUGGGGUGAAUUUGAGCUAGCCAUCAAAUUACACUUUGUUCCGGAGAGCAAUGAAAAACCAGUUCCACUUUAUCACAAUUUGAGACUCCAUCCGUACGAAGAAGAUGGUACUAUUUUGAGCGCUAAUAAGAACAAACCAGUGUUUACAGAUCCAACAGAGGCCAUGUAUCAGAUCUUGACUCAACAUAAUAGUAGUUCGACACUCCCGCCAAAAACUGCGCCGAAUCAGCCAUAUAGUCUACAGGCUGAACAAGAAGAAUUGAAAUUGAUAGAGCAGACGUAUCGUAAAGUCCAAGAGCAGCUGCGACAAUACAAGGAACGGAUGGAUGCUGCCACCAAUGAACUUCAACAGGUUAAAUCCGAAUUGGAGCGUCUGAGAGCAAAAUGA